AUGCUCACUGAUAUUAACAACGUCCCCAUCGAUCAAGCUAUCAAGGAAAAUGGCUUUGUCAUUGUAGACAACUUGAUCCCGGAGGAAAUGUUCCUUAGACUCAGAGAAGCCUGUGAUCGUGUAGUCGAUAGAGCCAGAAAGGGUGAUUGGAAGUACAGACGCCUUGUUGGCACACAAUUCCCUCCAUGGACUGAAGGCACUGAUGUGUGGGGUGUUCAACAUAUGAUUCAUCCUGAUUUAAAGGAAAAGGUAUUUGCCGAAUGGUACGGAUCUCCCAAGCUUUUGGAGGCUGUGGAGCAGUUAUUAGACACAAAGCACGAUGAUCUUCAACUUGAAUUGUUCAACUUGCUGAUCAAUCCUCAAGACUCUGAUUUUGAUUUAACAUGGCAUCGUGAUGCUGUCAAAGCCGAGGCAUCGGAAGAGGAAGAAAGGGAGAAGCUCAAAAUCCCUCAUUACGGCACUCAAUGGAAUACAGCCUUGUAUGACGACUCCUGUCUCUUUGUAGUUCCCAACUCUCAUCGUCGUGUCAGAACCGAGGCCGAGAGAGAUAUCACCAUCAAUGAUCCCAAGAGCCACAAGAUGCCUGGCCAAUUGCGUGUUGAUUUGAAGCCUGGCCAAACUGUAUUCUACGAUAACAACAUCUUGCAUCGUGCUUCCUAUGUCUCUUCGCAAAAGCGUGCUACUCUUCAUGCCUCUAUGGGCACUAUUGAAGGUGGUCAUCAUCGUGCUGCUGUUAUUCUCCAACAUGGCCUUGAUUGGAUGAAUACAGAGGGUUUCAAGGAAACUCUUCCUGAAUCUUUGCUCAAGCCUCAUGCCAACGUUCUUGCUAUGGCCGAAAAGGCUGGCAUUACCAACAUGCAAGCCAAGCCUAUCCAUUAA